AUGAAGCUUCAGCAAUGGCGCCCUUUCAGCAGUCGAGUCUUGGGACUCUCGCGAUCAUCGACCAAUCUACCGCAACGAACUCUCCGGCUAUUCGAGCGCAAUUUCUCCACAUCGUCGGCCGAUCGAUACCGUUCCCUUGAACCCCUCGAAAAUGCCAACGUCGAUACCUUCCGAGCACAAUGCUUUGCCCCCGAACGGCCCGCCAUUCUCACGCGAUCACAAUUCAAGGGUUUCCCUGCGUUGAAGAAUUGGUUCCAGAGCAUUCCCCCGACCGGUGCUCAUGGCCAACCCGCCACUCGCCUAAACAUCGAAUACUUGCAGAAACAUGCCGGCGACGCGUUUGUCCCGCUAGAGCUCACCGAGACAUCUGCGUCUGACCCCUCGAGCGAUGCGGGCUCGCCUGGGCACGGCGGGACUGACGUUUUGAGCUUCCGGCAAUUCCACGCACCGCUGACAAUGUUUCUCGAGUGGAUGCGCAUGGCAGAGAACUCCCCUCAAUCGAGCCGUUUAUACCUAGCCCAGUGCCAGCUCCUCGACCUACCUGCGGUCCUACGACAAGACUUUCCAAUUCCAGACGUCGUGGCACAGGCUGGCAAGGGCGACGUGUAUGACACGAAUGUUUGGAUCGGACAUCCCCCAACCUAUACCCCUUUGCACCGCGAUCCCAAUCCGAACCUCUUCGUUCAGCUGGCUGGGCAGAAGGUAGUGAGAUUGCUGGCUCCGGCGGACGGACAGGCUGUAUUUUCGGCAGUCCGGCAACAACUGGGGAAAAGUGGGGGGAAGGACGCCGCGGCCUUUCGAGGUGAGGAAAUGAUGCAGGGCCAGGAGCGUGCGCUGUUGGAUGAGAUGGUGUGGAGUGUCCCGCUGUCUGCUGGUUCAGAUGGGGCUAGAUACGAAGCUCAUCUUGGGGCUGGGGAUGGUCUCUUUAUCCCCAAAGGAUGGUGGCAUAGUAUCAAGGGGAUUGGUGAAGGUGUGACUGCUUCGACAUCCGCCACAACCACUCUCAGCAUGCUACUAUCGCGUACAGCUUUUCGCGCCGCCAUUAUUCACCUGAGCAUCAACCCAGCUCUAAUCCGUGCCUCAACUCCUGCCGCCUCUGCUCUUUGCGCCCCAGCGCAUCUUCCCGAGACACAGAGUUCCCGACUCUACACCGUCCUCUUCCCGCAGUGCGCACCACUUAACACUCAAACACGCAAGAUGUCCACCGGACCAGACUCCUCUGCACCUGAGUCUGCCGCUCAAGCUCAAGGACUUAACGAGUCCCAGCAAGACGCGCAACAAUCCUCCCAAGAGCGCCUCGCCCUCCCACCCUCCGAGUCCUCCGGCGACAAAAAGCUUGACAUCAGCGCCGAAGGCGGCUCGACCGUUACCCUUGAUCACCUGGGUCCCAUGGUGGUCAAUGUGGAUGGAACAAUUUCACGAAUCUCGAACUGGGACCAGAUGGCUGAGAUUGAGCGCAAGAAUACUCUUCGCAUCAUCGGGAAGCGGAAUAAGCAGCGCUUGGAGGCUUUGAAGGCUGCUCGGGGCGAGGAGUAG